CGCCGCAGAUGUACCGGGCUCUGGGCGGGCUCUGGCGGGCCUGGCGGUGUCGGCUUCCCCCCAUCUGGAGUGGGUCGUGCAGCGGGGCUGCGUGUGGCCGGCCCCUGGCAGCCGUGAGGGGCAGCCGGCUGGAGAUGCUGGCCAGGACCUGGACCCCGCCGAGUUCCUCAGGGGUAGGCACCCGCAGCGCACUGCCGCCCGCCAGCCUGUCGGGGGGAGACCGGCCUGCGCCCGGCCAGCGCCUCGCCUCAGUCUGCUCCCCGUAAGCUGACGCCCGACCGAGUGCUCACAGAAGAAGUCAUUGUAGGUGUGGUGUCUUGGAAAUAUGGAAUCAAUCUCUAUGAUGGGAAGUCCUAAGAACCUCAAUGAAACUUUUCUACCAAAUGUUGCCAAUGGCAUCAAGGAUGCCCGUAAAAUCACAAUAGGCAUCAUUGGAAGUGGAGACUUUGCAAAGUCAUUGACUAUUAGACUUAUCAGAUGUGGGUACCACAUAGUUGUAGGAAGCAGAAACCCUAAGCUUGCUGCUGAGUUCUUUCCCCAUGUGGUUGAUGUCACUCACCACGAAGAUGCAGUAGCAAAAACAAACAUCAUUUUUGUAGCCAUACACAGAGAACAUUAUGCCUCUUUGUGGGACCUCAAGCAUUUACUCGCUGGUAAAAUUCUGAUUGAUGUCAGCAAUAAUACAAGAAUAGACCAAUAUCCGGACUCCAAUGCAGAGUAUUUGGCGUCACUUUUCCCAGAUUCCCUGGUUGUCAAAGGGUUCAAUGUCGUUUCAGCUUGGUCACUGCAGUUAGGACCAAAGGAUGCCAGCAGACAGGUCUAUAUAUGCAGUAACAAUGUUCAGGCUCGCCAUCAAGUUAUUGAGCUUGCCCGCCAGCUCAGUUUUAUUCCUGUUGAUCUGGGGGCACUGUCAUCUUCAAGAGAGAUUGAAAACUUACCUCUGCAACUGUUCACACUGUGGAAGGGGCCUGUAGUGAUUGCCAUUAGCCUGGCAACAUUUUUCUUCAUCUAUUCCUUCGUCAGAGAUGUAAUCCAUCCAUACGUGAAAAAUCAGCAGAGUGACUUUUACAAGAUCCCUAUUGAGAUCGUGAACAAGACUCUACCAAUUGUUGCUAUCACUUUACUUUCUCUAGUGUAUUUACCAGGACUUAUUGCAGCUGCUUAUCAGCUUUACUAUGGUACUAAGUAUAGGCGAUUUCCACUUUGGCUGGACAACUGGCUCCAGUGUCGAAAGCAGCUUGGACUGCUCAGUUUUUUCUUUGCAACAGUGCAUGUGGCAUACAGCCUCUGCUUACCUAUGAGGAGAUCGGAGCGAUACUUGUUCCUCAAUAUGGCAUACCAACAGGUUCAUGCAAAUGUUGAAAAUUCUUGGAAUGAGGAAGAAGUGUGGCGAAUUGAAAUGUAUAUCUCCUUUGGAAUAAUGAGUCUUGGAUUGCUUGCUUUGUUGGCAGUAACUUCCAUCCCUUCAGUAAACAGUGCCUUAAACUGGAGGGAGUUCAGUUUCAUUCAGUCUACACUUGGAUACGUCGCUCUGCUCAUAAGUACUUUCCAUGUACUGAUUUAUGGAUGGAAAAGAGCUUUUGAAGGAGAAUAUUACAGAUUUUAUACACCACCAAAUUUUGUUCUUGCCCUUGUUCUGCCUUCCAUUGUAAUUCUAGGUAAGAUAAUUUUACUUUUGCCUUGUGUAAGUAGGAAACUGAGGAGAAUUCGAAGAGGAUGGGAGAAAAGCUAUGUUAUAGAAGAAGCAAGUGGGUCUGCUCCACAUCUCUCCCCAGAAAGGAUAACUGUGAUGUGAUGAUAAAUCAGUAUCUGUUAGCACUGUUGUAAAUGUUCGGGUUUGGAGGUUUUUUUUGUCAUAAACUUGUAUUUGUAGGAGUUGAGUAAAAGUAUGAGUAAAGUCAUUGUGUACAGUACAAGCUCUCAACCAAACUAUGAGAAAUCUGUAACUAGAAGACUACUACUUCAGAUAGCUACAAAAGUAUUUUUGUUUUGAGUCACAGAGGACAGAUUAUUAUGAAAUCAGAAUUUUUAAUAUUCCUUUGCACAGUUUUAUCAGAACAGUAUUUUAUUAUAACCAUGCUUUCCAAAUAUUUGACUUAGAGCAUAUGUGUCAGAGUGCUAUUUCUUAAUGCCACAUUUUCUGGGUAGUGUUUAUUUUAUUAAAAUCACACUCCUGGGCUAGUGAGUUCAGGAUAUAGACUAAUAAAGUUAAUAAUUUAGGAAAUAAUCAGGUUUUUAAACAAAUUAAUUUUUAAUGAUGUAUUGCACAUAUACAAUAUAUAUCUAUUUGUGUGUGGUUUUUCACCAUUUCACAAGUUGAAUAUGCAAAACCACUUUCAAUUAUGGUGUAAUUGUACAUCUUAUAAGCAAAUGUUAUUGUACUAACAGGGUUGUUUUUUCCAAAGUAUUACGUAGGAUUUUAGACCUUUGGCAUCUGUUUAUUUCCAUACAUCAUAUAAUGAAAAUUCAAAAUAAUAUUCUAUAGAAAGACAUGCACAUGUGUGUGCGAACAACUAAUUUUUUUGAUUUUAGAAUUACUUCAAAAUAUCAGGAAAUAUUUUAAAAUGUUAAAAAAGAUGAGAAAUCUGCAACAAUAAAAAUCCAUUUUCACUGUGAAACUUCCCAUACAUUGGUACAACAGGGAAGUAUCACAAUAUUCAUGUUCUGUAUGUUUUUACACUGCUGUUUCAGUUAUUACAUAUGAAUUUCCCAGUCUGUCUUAAAUUCUUAAUAUCUUUUUGUGCAAAUUCAAUCUUCUAUUUUUAUAUGAAAGCCUUACUUUUCCAAGUGUCUCUGGGAUAUGCCUGAAUUUUUGAGAAACAAAUUAUUAUUCUUAUACUUAAAAAUUAAUUUUUCUCUAAAAUUUGUCAUUUGCAGUUCCUGUGAGAUUCAAAAGAAUGUUCACAAUUACUUAUUACUACUGCUUUGUCAGGUUCUACUCUCCUCUAACAAAAUAGCAAACUCAACUCAUACUUUCAGGCUUCCUCUGCUUCAUUAGCAAAACCUCUAUUUCAGUGAAUCAGAAUGUGGAUUUGGUCCUAAUUUUUUUACUUGUAUGAAAUUAUAUUUUUCUUAUCUAUAUUUGCACUGUCUAGGAUCUUUGAUCUCUGACUUUCUUAGCUGGACCUUCAGUUAUUAUUUAUUACUUUGCAAGAAUUUGUCAUCAGUAGGAUACAUCAGGAAUAUACAGUACUUAAAUUUCUCCUUAAAAAGCACUAGUCUGUAAAUUUCACUAAUAUCUGUAAUGAAACCAACAGCUCCGCAGAACAAGAAUCGAGAUUCAAACUUUGUCCAUGGUUACACCAACCUAAAUCAUGCUGUUCUGAAUUAAAAAAAUCUACAAGAAUUUUAUUUUCAUUGUAGUAUUCAUAUUCCCCAAACUUACACAUUGAGUCUGUGUGUAUUCUGGGAUUGCUGCAAAUCAAGAGGCAAGAGACAAUUAAAACUUCUAACUUAUUUUGCCUGUAUUUUGCCAUUUCAAUACAGAAGGCUGUACAGUUCUUGAAAGGCUUGCAGAAUUAUAUGUAACUGAAUUUCCUGACCUGUUUCCUAUUCCAUUAUUGCAAAGGGAAACCACAUAUAGCUUAAGCAUUUGUGCUUCAAUUCUUUAAAUAAGAUUAAUUUUAAAAAUGUCAGAAUACACAAAGUCAUGGAGAAUUGUAAUGGGAUAAAUACAAUGCUGCAUCUACCCCAGUCCGGUACCCAAAACUUGAUUAAAAUCAUUAGAAUGGGAUAGUAUAACUACAAGCAGAAUUUCAUACUAGUGAACAAAUUUAAGGCAGAAACCAUUGCUGUUGAGAAUCUGAUGACAUUUCAAAAUUAAAUCUCCUGCUAUUAUUUUGUAGUAACUCUACACUUCUGUAGCAUAGGCAAUAAACACUGCUGUUCCCUACAAUUACCUAAUUCAUUUGAUGUAAUAGGGAUGUUACGGAACUAAGAUACGGUAGUAAUUAAAAAUUUCUGUCAAAGUCAAUAUAUAUUGUACUGUAAUGCAACCAUUGACAGUAUAUACAGAAAUAUAUUGGCCCUGUAGCCUAUGCAAAAAGUUAUUUCAUCAUUAAGUUUCUUCAUGAGUGUUUAAACUGUUAAAUUUUGAGCUGCCAAAGGUGUCUGGAAAGGAUAAUUAUGUGUUGCUUCUUUUUUUUCAAACUGUGUGUGUAGAAAAAUGUGUUUUGAUUUUAUAAGUUACUUGAACGGUUGAAAUAUUGAAGUAUUAAUAAAUAGAUUAUAUUUUUAGCUCAAAUAUAUAAAGACAUUUUGUGAAAUAUUUGUGCUACAGUAAAACAUGGUUUCCUGCUAGGCCAUCUAUUUCCUGCUAACUGGAAUAACAAGUUGACUUGUGAUUUAAUAUUUUGUAGUCUAUAAGGACCAAUUCACUCUAACAAGACACUGUUAAGUCUGAAAGCAAAAUGACUCACACGUUUACUACACAUUAUAUAUCAUAUCAUGCAUAUAUUUAGUCACGUAAGGAAUCUUCAUUAAUUUCUAUAGAAGAACUCACAUUUGGACUUCUCAUUGGAAAAAGACCUGAGGCUUAAAGUUUAUUUUUGAUUGCCUGAAUAUAAACAACUAAAUUAAUUUACAUGUCCUCUUAGUUACUUAGGAGAAUAAAUACCUAUUUUGAAGAAUAGCCUGCUAUUUUUGUGGAGCUUUAUAUAAAUUGCCUACUGCCUAAUGAAAAUGAAUAAUGAAAUAAGCUUAAUUUCUUUUCAUUACGGUUCAGUAAAAAAAAAUUGUGCUUAAUAUGUAAUACAGAACUAUACAUCAUCUUAGAAAAUUGAGAUCUAUAUAUAUUUAGCAACAGGUUAUUUUUUCUAUGGAUAUUAAGGUAUUCUUUCUUAACAUUGUCUAAAAUACAGUUCUAUUACAGGUUCCAUAUGUGUGUUUAAUUUUAUCUUGAAAUUUUAUUAACUGUGGCAACUAUAUGCAAGUUAAUUAAGUACCCACGUUCUUGAAUUAUUUAGAUAUUAAUUAUUUUGUAAUUGUUUUGCAAGUUCUUUGCCUGUCUAGCUUGUGGUAAUGAUUACUGUGAAUUGGUGCCACAUUUAACUUUCUGUUCCAACAUUGUGCAUUAUAUGAUGUGCCAACAUGAGCAAGUACAUUUGUAUUUUUAUUUGGCAUUACUUACCUAUAAAAUAGCAUGUCUGUCUGUUUGUGUCUAUAUGUUAUUAGCUAUACAUGCUGCUCAACUAGCACUAAGGGAAAUUACUAAUAUGAGCCACCGAGUUCCCAAGUGGCUAUAAAAUUUCACAGGUAGAAAUAUAGUUAGGAAACAGCUUUCCUCUUUGAAGGUUUUCUCUGAAAGUUAAACGUAGCAGGUGCAUAAAGAUUAGAUCGAUUGAGUUUUUCAGUAUAGUAUUUUCAUAUAUUCAGUGGUAGUGGAUGCAUAUGCAUAGUUCCUUUCAGACAGUGCAUCUCCUAAUACACAAGUUUUUGAUUUCUUGGUUAUUCAUCCUGUAGUAUUUUCUACCAAUGUAAUGAUUAAUGUUGCAAUACUGAUAUUGUAUCAUUAUAUGAUACUGCUUGAAUUAAUUAGAUUACAGCCUUUGAAAUAAGUGGCACAUUUGAACUGACUUGAACAAUGAUCUCUAUAAUUAUAUAUUGUUUCUGAUGCCUUGCUGGCAAUGUCUUGCAGUGAGCAUAGGCUGUCUCCCAUGUGCAAUAUUCUCUUUGUAGUUGUGUUUGGCAAUUUGUGCUGUCUCUGAACAGGGCUAUUAUAAAUUAUUGUGAUGCUCCUAUCUAUUUUUCCAUAGAAUGUGUUUUACACAAAAAUCAAUAAAAAAUCAGUGUCAGGUAUUUGGCUCUUUCUUCUGCACUUAUGCAUAAUAAAUUUUAGCUUGCAUUUCUUUA